AUGGUCGCAAUUACCAGCCUCUUCACUGCCACCAUGGGCCUUCUCGCCACGGCCGCCUCCGCUGCGCCGGCCACACCUGCCUCAGACCACAGGCUCGAAGCUCGCUAUGGCCUGACCCCAGAGCUCUUCCUUGCCCUCACCCGCUACGUCCAGGAGAACCCAGGCGCGUACAUCUUCGGCAUCAAUGGGUGGAGGGACUAUUGGUGGUUCGAGGAGAACAUGAAGGGUUUCGCCGGAGGAAACUGCCGCAAGAGCCCAGACGGGUCGGUGAUGUCUGGCACCCUGCGUCCGGCUCGGACCAUGUGGGUUUGCCACGGGGGCGGUUGGUUCCCCAACUACCAGCAAGCUGAGAAGGAAGGUCUCAAUCGCGUUUGCCCCGACGCGAACGGUUGCGGCGUCAACGACGGUGGCCUUUGGGGCAACUAA